AUACAUUGAGUUGUUCUUAGUUGUGUAAGCUGCCAGUAAGCGCACAGGUAGAGCUCAUUAGUGGACAUUUUACUGUGCAUUACCGCUUAGCAAUUGAAAACAUCUGUCAGAGUAACCUUCCCAGGCUUGACUCUGGUACAAAAAUUUCGGAACUGCGAAGAAAAUUCUAAAAAUGAUUACAUGGGUACUGGUCAUAGCUCUCGUAACGAGCGUAACAUGGGUUAGUGAAGCUGUGAUUGUGCAACAAGUUAGUGCUGGCCAUUUAGCUGAGUUGCCAUGCCCAAGUAUUGACGACAAUCAUCGUUUCAUGUACUGGGAGCUCUCCGAUAAAAAUAAUAUCAUAGGUCCAGGAAACCCACAGAACCCAGAAAAAUACAACUACCAAGUACUCACUGGGAAACUCAUGAUCAGGGGUGUUUCGACUGCUGAAUCUGGUUUCUAUAAAUGUAUCUCAAGAGGUAUAAAUGAUGAAUCUGUCAUCAAUAUGGAAACGGUUGAACUAAUAGUUACAAAAGACUGGGAAGAUGUGUGGGAGAAUGAUUUUGAGACAAACUUAUUGAGAAGCCUGGCUGCUGUUAUGGUAAUAGUUGUAAUCAUCGCCUUGCUACUUUACAUAAUUACGACCAAACGACGUAGAAAUAUGAAAUAUUUUGAUAUGGAACCAUCAAGGGAAAACUCACCAGUCAAUUAUAGAGAUGGAACACGUGGGUCUGCAGGAGUAGUUCGCAGUAGCACGCCACCCCCAGAAGAAAUAGGCAUCGAUAAUGCAGCAGUGGAUGUUGAUUUUCCAAAAGUGUUUAGUAAGAUGCAUCAGGCGCAGGCUGUUGAGAUUCCAUAAUUUUUCAUCAAAAGUUAGAUACACUUAGAAACACGGUUGAAGCCUAAUAAUUUGUAGACCAAUAAAGAAAUAGAAAUCAAUUUGAUGUCAAAAGCCGAUUAUACAAAAUGAACAUCAAGUGAUCGCAAUGUAUUACACAGUGAAUAUAAAUAGCACAAUGAUUGCGUGACAAGGUAUGGCAUUACAUCUACAAAUGUGAAUGUGAUAAGCAUAAUUUUCAUAAUAAUAGGAUAAUUAACUUUGUUAAGAACAAGCUAGUUGUACCAAAUCUAUACUAUGUAAUUAUAGCAAUUGAAUAGUCAUAUAUAUGUAGAGUAAUAAGAUUUAAAGUGUAUAACUAAUGAAUAAAAACUACUUACAUUUGCUCAAAGAA